AUGAACAAGGAGAACAUCACCGCCGCAUCCACUGUGGAGCGCCUUCAAAACGAUCUUGCGGCCGCCCGCAAGACGAAUGAGUCGCUAACAAGUGCUCGUGACAAGGCGCAUAAGGAGGUUGAAGCUUGGGCGGCCAAGUUGGCCACCGGCCUGGCGGCGGAGCAGGAGAAGGUGCGCACGAAAGUGGAGCCCCAGUGCCUGGAGCACUAUGUGGCGCAAGCUGUCGCUUCGCAAGCUGAGGCGGCGGAGGUCGAGCGACGGCUUCGCGAACGACUGACCGACCUGGCGUCGGAGCGCGAGAGGCUCCAAGAAGAGGUGGACACCAUCCGAGUCAAGGCGCGCCAGAUCUCAGAGGAGAACAAGAGGGUGAAAAGGUCCAAGGAGCAGUACAAGAAAGAGCUAAAGGAGUUUCGUGCCGAGGAGAAGCGCCUCACCCGGGAUCUGGCCGAGUACCACAAGUUCGAGGUGGGAAAGAACCUCCAAGCUGACGCCGUUAUUGACACGGUCAAGAUCUUACAACACAAGUUUAGUGAGGACCAACCCGAGGUGGAGUGGAACUCUUAUGCCCUGAUCGAGUAUAUCCUCAAGUUCAUGGACAUCAAGCGCAAAACCAGCGACUUGGCGUACAUCAUCGAACUGGACAUUCCACCUUCAGCGGAUGACGGGGCUUACGACGAGCAGGCGCUUGACGAGGAGGUGGACGAUGACGCGGAUGCUCGCGCGGAGGAUGAGGAAGAAGGGCAGGGCGGUGAAAGGCGCCAAGAGGAGCAGCAAGAGGAUCAUCAAGAGGAGCAGCAGGGGACGCCCGAGGGCUCUGUGCGAAGCGAAGAGGACUGA